AGUCGUCUCCAAGUUGAGCUCGAGGUGUGCAUCGACUCGGUGGAAUCAGCUGUCGCAGCCGUUGCGGGUGGUGCAGAUCGCCUCGAGCUUUGUGGUUCUCUCACCGCGGGCGGCGGCGUUACCCCGAGCCUGGGUAUGUUCAAGGCGGUCGCAAGAGCCGCUCCUCAAGUGCCUAUCUUGGUCAUGAUACGUCCACGGACGGGAGAUUUUGUGUACUCAGACGAGGAGCUGGAAGUCAUGAUAGAAGAUAUUCGCAUCUUCAAGUUGGCAGGUGCGGCCGGGGUUGUUUUUGGUGUCCUAACCCGCGAGGGGGAGAUCGACGUUGGCUGCGGCACCAGGUGGGUUGGUACCCCACUUUUGCCUUCGGUGUUCACUGGAAGAAACAACAUCUCCAGCGGGCAAGAACCCACUUGCACCACGUCUACGGCCCUCGCAAAUAUUUCCACUCUGUUCCGCGUCUUGAAUGAUAACGAUUCGCAACAUCAACCCCACAUGGCCUCCCGAUUCAAUAUCCUCCCCGGGUCAGGCGUGUCGCCGAACACGAUUCGCAGCGUGCUUCUAGAGCUACUACCCUUAGGGCUAUGUCAAAUACACAUGAGCGGAGGUCAGUGGAUCCCGAGCGAAGCACGAUACCGGAAAGAGGGAAUGGGAAUGGGCGUCGGCGAAGGCCAAUGGGCGGUCUGGCGCACGAAUGAGGAACACGUGAGAGAGGUAGUGCGCAUCAUUAUGAGUACAGGUCAUGAAUGGUUAGAGGGAAAUUGAAUGCGAGGUAUCUUUAGGACGGGAACUCACUGUUAACAUCUACUGCAACUUGUUGUGCAACCUAACACUGGCCAAAGUGCAAGAUCGGACUCGCCGGGCAACUAGUUAGGCUUCUUGUCCUACGCCUAUGCAUCUGUAGUACCGGUCCGGGAUGUCCCAGAGAUCGAGUGAAUUGACAUCGUAAACUCUCUUGGCCGCCGAGUUUAUGAGUUUG